ACUUCCUCCUUAGUAGAGCAGAGCUUUGGGGCCUUGUGGAUGAUGAGCAGGAGCCUGAAAGGGAUAGCCUGCCUUCAGCAGGGCAGAUGCUGGAACCUGAGAUGGACUCUUUCCUUGGAACCAGUCAGCCUUGAGUGGUUUGGCCUCUUGAACAACUGGGAAAGUGGGUGUCCACCUGACAGGAGAACACAGCAUUUGAAAACAAAGUUCUGGGCUUCAGCUGGUUCGGAGGAGCAAGGAAGAGUCCUCUACAGCUGCUGCGUGACCUGGACCAGGGUCCGCGCUCUGCGAUGGCCGAGGUGCACCAGCAGCGGCGCGAGCUGCUCCGCCGGGCCUGCAGCCGCCACACUCGACGCCAACGCCUUCUGCAGCCGGAGGACCUGCGGCAUGUGCUGGUGGACGACGCGCACCGGCUGCUGUACUGCUACGUGCCCAAGGUGGCCUGCACCAACUGGAAGCGCGUGCUGCUGGCGCUGCGCGGCCGUGGGGACCCGGGCGCGAUCCCUGCGCACGAGGCGCAUGCGCCUGGCCUGCUGCCCUCGCUGGCCGACUUUGCGCCGGCUGAGGUCAACCGGCGGCUGCGCGACUACCUGACCUUUCUCUUCGUGCGGGAGCCCUUCGAGCGCCUGGCCUCAGCCUACCGCAACAAGCUGGCGGGGCCACACAGCGCGGUCUUCCAGCGGCGCUACGGCACACGCAUCGUGCGUCGCCUACGGCCACACGCGCAGCCCGACGCGCUGGCCCGCGGCCACGACGUGCGCUUCGCCGAGUUCCUGGCCUACCUGCUCGACCCGCGCACGCGCCGUCACGAGCCCUUCAACGAACACUGGGAGCGUGCGCACGCGCUGUGCCAUCCCUGCCUAGUGCGCUAUGACGUAGUGGGCAAGUUCGAGACGCUGGCGGAUGAUGCCGCCUUCGUGCUGGACCUGGUGGGCGAGUCUGGCCUACGCUUCCCUGCUCCACCGCUGAGGCCAGAGAAGGACCUCACACGUGAGCAGGCCCGGCGCCUUUUCCAGGACAUCAGCCCCUUCUACCAGCGUCGCCUCUUUGACCUCUAUAAGAUGGACUUUCUGCUCUUCAACUACUCCGCCCCUUCCUACCUGCGGCUGCAAUAAGGGUGUUGGGUGCAAUAGGGCCUGUGGCUGCUGGGACCAGGAGGCCACCAGGAGGUCUGGAAUGAACAUGGUAGUGUGGAUUGGAGAGCCACUGUCACAGCUUAUCCAGUGUGCCUGACCAAGAUCCUGGCCACGCCGGCCACACUCAUUCCGACUGGGUAGGGCACAGCUUGCUUUAGGUGACCAUACACAGUUGUCUGGCUGUUUCUGCUGUUAGUUUGAUGUGUGUCUCUUCCAUCCCCCACAGGUGUCAGACUUCUUCCUAGGACUCCAGGUCUGUGGGUUUUUGGUUUGGUUGUGAGAGGCCAUUUCUCAGUCUUGUCUGUGCAGAACUUGUCCAUGGCGUGGUGCUACAAGACUGAAUGCCAUGGUUUGGUUUAGUGUAGCCUAAGAUCCAGCCUGUGUCCUCUUCUCUUCUCUCAGGCUGGCAAGGGCAGACAUGGGCAGAGAAGCUGUGCCCUGGCCAGCUUCAGGAUGAGAGGUAUAGCCACCCUUGUUAGCAGUUACUGCUUAGGAGUUAACACGAGCUACCUGCCAUCCCAGCAGUCACAGGAUGGUGAACAAACAGUACCACUCC